AUGCGACCGGCUCUUCUCCGCUUACUGAAGAGACCGUCAGCUCUCUCGGUGCUGGACUCUCUCAUCUCAAUACCUACCGGAAUCGAAGAGCUAGAGUCCCGAUGCAAGAAGGAAUGCCUACGAUACUACUCGCAAAGUCAGGUCCAAAAAAUUGAUGAACAUGGUGCUGAAUUCGAACAGUUAGGCGGCCACAGACUUCGAAGGCGAUCGCAGCCGCGGCCUUCUAGUUUUCGCGUAUAUGAGAUCCAACCACCACGAAGCGAAGUGGCGAAUAGCAAUGAAUUCGCAAAAUUAUUGGAGUCCACAACAUCGUCCACUGGCUUACCGCGGGAUGUGGGGUUACAACUGGAGAAAUUGGAGUUCGAGUCCGACGUGGGACACAGCAAUGAUAUUGGGACACGGUUAGUGGACGACCCGACUCGUCGGCAUGAUUUUGCCCUUUGGGAAGAGCUGCUUCGCUAUCGACAGCGACAUUAUGGCGACAAAGGCACUCUCGAUAUAUGGGAAGGUUUGAUGGUGCGAGUGGAAGGAGUGCAGCUUCCCGUCCGGGGCGAAAGGGCAGAUUUUUUCUGGCAAAGCUUCGUGAACCUAGGCUUAAAACGAGCUGUCAUUAUGAACGAGCUGGAAAAUUAUGCUUCGGACCUUUGGAAGAAAACAGGAAAUCGAUGGGACAGGUUUUAUGAGUCUGUCGUUGGAGGUUUUAUAGAACAGGGAAAGCCACAACGAGCCGUGGAGUGGCAUAAGAAGCUUCAGCAUAUUCAUCUGUCUAGCCCAAACGAUAUACUACGGGUUCUCAAGCCAGCUCUCACGCUUUGUCGCAAGCCUGGAAGCCGAGAUAUCUCUUCGAAAAACCGAAGGCGGAUAUCAUCGGGCUUAUGGAUCUUUCAGAAUAUCUGUCACUGUACAAAGGAUCAUCGCAUAUAUGGUCCUGUCAUAUGCACGUUGCUACGCAAUGGCCACUACGAAGAUGUAUUUCCGAUGCACAAGUUCUUGGUUGCAAGAAACGACCAUCCACAAACUUACGAGGACAUCCAGCCAUUGCUAGAAUUUGCGAAGGAGAAUUGGCCACGUCCGCUUCUCCAAAAGCUCGCUUGUUAUGUUGAUGAGCAUUUCCCCAAUCGAAUAGACUUAAUGGAAAAAGAUGACCCUACUACGAAAGAUCUCCAGACAAAGAAAGGAGCAUGGCUCGAAGAAAAACCCUUCAAGGACGAAUUCGGUGCCCGCCUUUUUGCUACAAAGGCCUUCAACUUUGACAUGAUUAUUUCUGGACUACAAAUGUUAGGUGUUUCAUCUAUUGGGCCACAGACUCUGCGUGAGAUGGCAGUCAGAGCCCAUGGCAGUCAGGAUAUACUAGAUAAGCUUCGCCAGCUUCAGACAGCAGGGAUUUCCACAGGAAAUAGUGUUUUCGCACGCCUCAUUCGCAAGCUAGCUGCCGAAAAUCGUGAAGUUCUUCUAUCCGAUUUACUGAAGAGUGACCAACAUUUCGAAAUGCUUGAGGAUGUAGCCAUGCAAGAGUCUUUGUUGGUAUCGUACUAUGCGUCUCGCGAUUGGCGUCAAUACAACAUGACUUUGGCCAUUCUCACUGAAGCACGCAAAGAGAGACCUGAUUUAUCCAACGUUCAUUUUCGGAAAUUCAUUGCGGCGGAUGAAUGGCGCUUUGCUUCCAACGUUGUUGAUGAUAUGGCCUUGCGGGACAGGGCCCUGUCCAAGGAGAGCAUCGAAUUUAUGGUGCGACACGUCCUCACACCACGCAAACAAGGACAUAUGCCAAGGCAUAUACGAGGUCGCUCCCUCGUAAAGGAGGUUACGUUCGUUUCCCAGAUUCUGCAACGCGGCGUUAAAGCGGGCACACCAGUGUCCCCUGAGCUGUGGGUUGAGAUCCUGAAACGACUUGGAAUGAUUAAUCGCUGGCACGACCUCCGAGACUGUAGUCUUUGGCUGGCUCGUCAGUAUUCGUCUAUUCCAAAGAACACCGUUGGUUCUCGGACGAUUAGCGCUCCCGUGAAAAGACAUUCCGAAUUAGCCCGAGUCGACGGCAACCGCCUCCUCGAAGCUAUAUUUACCAGUCAAAUGCAGGCAGCAAUUGUGUCGUGGGGGUUCAAGAUGCGGAUCUCCCGAAAUCCCGAAAAGGAAUAUCAACCAUUUGGAGUGGACAGUGAAGUCGCUAUCCCCUGGGUACGUGGCCUGGUGCUUCUGCGUGAGUUGGAGCAGAAUGGAGUCCAGUUGCAAGUACGAGACAUUCGCCAAGCUUGUCGACAGCGGCUGAAAGUGAUCUUUGGACGGUCGUUUGAAUCCAGUCGCGGCAUGAAUCGCAUGUUGCGACGAGAGAAUCCCUACAGUAUAGAUCAGGUCAUUGGUGAUAUCCAUCGUGCUUGGGGAGAACCAUCAUUGUUCGGCGGCCGAGAACACGAUGAUUUACAUCGACUUGUGAACCCUCCGGUAUCGAAAAUGUCCCUGCGGAGAACCGCGAGAAAUGGCCGUCAACGAAAAGCUGCCGCUAUUAGGAGCGACAUGAUAGUAUAUAGUCGCAGCAGGCUCAAUAACCAAGAGCCACCGUGA